GAUAUAUUUAAAUUAAAAAGAGCUUUUCAGCUUUUCUCAAGCGAAGAAAGCCAAAAACAGAUUGAUUAGACGCUCUACUCAUGGAGAGUCAACCGGUCAUCAAAACCAACGGCCAAGAUCAACCGGACGAUCUCGCUUACCAGUCAGGUUUCGGCAACAGCUUCUCAUCGGAAGCCAUAGCCGGAGCUCUCCCACAUGGCCAGAACAGCCCUCUUCUCUGCCCAUACGGCCUCUAUGCCGAGCAGAUUUCCGGCACUUCCUUCACUUCCCCUCGCAAGCUCAACCUCCGAAGUUGGUUUUAUCGGAUCAAACCCUCGGUGACCCACCAACCCUUUAAGCCUCGGGUCCCAAAACAUGGGAGAAUUCUAAGCGAGUUCAACCAAUCCAAUAGCUCUGCCACACCGACCCAGUUACGGUGGAAGCCAGUGGAUAUUCCUGACUCUCCCACUGAUUUCAUUGAUGGGUUGUUUACCGUUUGUGGAGCUGGAAGCUCAUUUCUUCGCCAUGGUUAUGCUAUUCACAUGUACGCCGCGAACAAAUCAAUGGAUAAUUGUGCCUUCUGCAGUGCUGACGGUGACUUUCUGAUAGUCCCUCAGAAAGGAAGACUGUGGAUCACUACGGAAUGUGGAAGGUUGCAAGUUUCUCCAGGUGAAGUUGCCAUUUUGCCUCAAGGAUUUCGUUUUUCUGUUGAUCUUCUUGAUGGCCCAUCACGUGGUUAUGUAGCUGAGAUAUUUGGAACCCAUUUUCAACUGCCUGAUCUUGGACCAAUAGGAGCCAAUGGUCUUGCUGCUCCAAGGGAUUUCCUGGUUCCCACAGCAUGGUUUGAGGAGAGUCCUCGUCCAGGUUACAUUAUUGUACAAAAAUAUGGUGGUGAGCUUUUCACAGCAGAACAAGAUUUUUCCCCAUUCAAUGUAGUUGCUUGGCAUGGUAAUUAUGUUCCGUAUAAGUAUGAUCUGAGUAAGUUCUGCCCCUACAAUACUGUUUUAAUUGAUCAUGGUGAUCCAUCUAUAAAUACAGUACUGACAGCACCAACAGAAAAACCUGGAGUUGCAUUGCUUGAUUUUGUUAUCUUUCCUCCCCGAUGGUUGGUUGCUGAGCACACAUUUCGACCCCCAUAUUACCAUCGUAAUUGCAUGAGUGAAUUUAUGGGCCUUAUUUAUGGUGGAUAUGAGGCAAAAGCUGAUGGGUUUCUUCCAGGUGGAUCCAGCCUCCAUAGCUGUAUGACACCCCAUGGUCCUGAUACCAAGACAUUCGAGGCUACAAUUGCACGUGGAAAUGAAGCAGGACCAUAUAAAAUCAAGGAUACCAUGGCUUUUAUGUUUGAAUCAUGUUUGAUCCCCCGAGUCUGUACAUGGGCUCUUGAGUCUCCAUACAUAGAUCAUGAUUACUAUCAGUGUUGGAUUGGACUGAGAUCCCAUUUUACUGGUGAAGAACCAAAAGUCUAAGACUUGAAAGCAAAUAUACGCGGGCAUGGUGAAGACAGAAAGUUGAGACUGUCUUGGUUGCAUAGAAGCAGUACAACCCACAUCAUUGCACAUAACCAUACAAAUAACAUGUUUGUACAAAGUCUGAACAAAUUCAAAUAAAGAAGAAAAUUAUUGUUUAAGCUCUUGCUUAUUUACCUGGGUUAAUGCAGAUGUGAAUUGUUUCAUACUUUUUGAGCUAUGAAUUAAAUAUGCAUGUAUAUGAGAGAUAGAUGGGAUAGAAGAUGGAGUUAGUUAAUGCUAGAGGAAAUGCAUCAAAGCUCCAGAACUGUAUAUCAGGCCUAAUCGACCUUUUUCUUAUAUAAAUUUGUUGUUAUUAUUGUGUA